AUGAACGGCGUAAAACGCGAGAUCCUGCCUGAGGAAGGCAAGAAGAAUGUCCUCAUCACUUCCGCCCUCCCAUACGUCAACAACGUCCCGCAUCUGGGCAAUGUCAUCGGAUCGGUGCUGUCAGCAGACGUCUUCUCCCGCUACAGCAAGGCACGCGGCAACCCGACACUCUUCAUAUGUGGAACGGACGAGUACGGUACUGCGACCGAGACGAAGGCGAUUGAGGAGGGUGUGACACCGCAAGAGCUGUGCAACAAGUACAACAAACUGCACAAGCAGGUGUAUGACUGGUUUGAGAUCGAGUUUGACCAUUUUGGCCGGACGCCAACACAGCAGCAGACGGAUAUCGCGCAGGAUAUCUUCACGAAACUAUACAAGAAUGGGUACCUGGAGGAGAGGACAACCACACAACCCUACUGCACCAAGCACAACGGCUUCUUGGCAGAUCGAUUUGUGGAGGGUGAAUGUCCGCUGUGUGGGUAUGUGGAUGCCCGAGGAGACCAGUGCGACAAGUGCGGCCACUUGCUAGAUCCACUCGACCUCAUCAAACCGAGGUGUAAGCUCGACGGCGCAACACCAGAAGCACGACCGACCAAGCACAUUUACCUUCUGCUGGACAAGCUGCAGGACCAGGUGGGAGAGUGGAACCGAAAGAGCCAUGAAGAAGGUCAGUGGAGCGACAAUGGAGUCAACAUCACCAAUGCAUGGCUCAAGGAAGGACUGAAGCCAAGAGGUAUCACAAGAGAUCUGAAGUGGGGAACUGCAGUGCCGUUGGAGGGUUACGGUGACAAGGUGUUGUACGUCUGGUUCGAUGCUUGCAUUGGCUAUGUCUCUAUCACUGCCAACUAUACCGAUCAGUGGGAGAAAUGGUGGCGGAAUCCAGACAACGUCAAGUUAUACCAAUUCAUGGGCAAGGACAACGUCCCCUUCCACACUGUGGUGUUCCCCUCCUCUCAGCUGGGCACUGGCGACAAGUGGACGAUGCUCAACACCCUCAGCACAACCGAAUACCUGAACUAUGAAGGAGGCAAGUUCAGCAAGAGUCGCAACAUUGGCGUGUUCGGCACCAGCGCGAAGGACACCGGAAUAGCUGCCGAUGUCUGGCGAUAUUUCCUCCUUCUCAGACGACCCGAAACCAGUGAUACGGAAUUCGAAUGGGAUGGUUUCAUUGCCGCAAACAACAACGAACUCCUCAACAACUUCGGCAACUUUGUCAACCGCAUUCUCAAGUUCGUCAACUCUGCCAACUACGAUUCGGUCGUUCCUGCGUACCCUGAACUGGACCCAUCCAGCGACGUUGCGAAGGGUCUGGCGAAGCAUAUUGAAGAUGUCAACGAGAAGCUGAAGCAAUACCGCGAGGAGAUGGAUGCUGUGCAUUUAAAGCAAGGUCUUGUUGUUGCCCGUGAGAUCUCUUCGCUCGGCAACAAGCUGCUGCAAGACAACCGCAUCGACAACUCCCUCUUCAACAACGAGCGACAACGAUGCGACGCCGUUAUCAACCUGGCCGUCAACCACGUCCAUCUCCUUGCCUCCGUCAUCGCACCUUACAUGCCCGCUACCACCCGUUCCAUCCUCGAGCAACUCCAGACCGAGAUGCUCAUCAUCCCAGACGAGUGGAAGGCCGCCAGCAUCCCCGCGGGCCACAAGAUCGGCAAAGCUCAACAUCUCUUUAAGAUGAUCAAGCCCGAGAAGGAGCAGGAGUGGAAGGAGAUGUUCGGCGGCGACGAGCUGAAGAAGGCGAAGGAGGAGGAAGCGAAAAAGAAAGCGGCCAAGAAAGCCGAAAAGGAAAAGAAGAAAGCCAAGAAAGCGGCUGAAAAAUCAGGCAAGGCGGUCGAGAGCGCAGAGAAGGAUGGCGCAGAGAGCAAUCCUAAGGCUGGGGAUGCGGUGGAGGAGGUCACCGAGGGUGUGAGGCAGGCGGCUUUGCAGACGAGUUAG